AUCAGAGAAAGCAGGAAGCAGACAAUCCAUGUGCUGCAUAUGUGUUACUGAUGUUGUUUAGCGCAUUUAACUGUUCACAGAAAACGCGUGAAGUACUUCACAGUGUAUAAUCAUGAUAACGCCGGCAUUUGAACUCAGUCAAGAUGCAGAUUUCCUCAUUGUAGUUAUUCGUGUACCCUACACCAGAACAUCAGAUUUCGACAUCUACAUCCAAGAGGAGGAAUUUAAGUUCUAUGCCAAGCCCUACUUUCUCAGGUUGACUCUGCCUGGGAGAAUAGUUGAAGAUGGACGGGAAAAAGCUUCAUUCGAUAUCGAUAAAGGUUUAUUUACACUGCACGUCCCUAAAGAGACAGCCGGACAACACUUUGAGGGUUUGGAGAUGCUCACCAGCCUCCUGGCUCCAAAAGGAUCCAGAUCUGCCAAACCGUUGGUGGAGGACUCAGAGGCCUGUGGUGAAGGAUGUGAGGAGGAAGACGAAGAGUUUGACUGGCAGAUCGAACAGGAGGUUUACACUGAAGCCCCAGCGGACACACUGAAGGAAUACCACAAGUACGGCUUUGGAAAUCUUAGGUCUGGAGUCUUCAGUAGACUGCAAGAGGAGCUGAAUGAGGUGAUUGACAUGAAGGAUCCAGACAACACCAACGCUGAACUCAGAAGACGCAAUCGACUAGACACAGAGACUGCAGUAUUUUGUGCUGACCAUUACUUAGUAAACUUGUAUGAGGACAAGGAGGAGAUCAGAAACCUGCUAAAGUUUAAACCAUGGUGGAGAAAACUGAACCCGGAUCCUUCAGCAGGCUACGACAUCUCUAUGACUUUCACAGAAGAGGAAAGGGAGCAGAUGAGGAGAUUCACAAACCGCUCGUACUUGCUGGAUAAGAAAGCGCGCUUUCAUGUCUGGUUGGGUUUGGUGGACAUCAUCUUGGCGUACGUCUAUGAUGUGCGCACUACAGAGGGAGAGCACAAUGUAGAGUCAGCAUGGACCAUCAGGAAGCUCAGUGGGACUCUCAGCUGGCUGGAGACAUACCACUCAGUGCAAGACGUGCUGGUGUCUUUCGGCAGGAGGACUUUGUGUUACCCGCUCUAUCGGCACUUUUCCCUGGUCACAUUAGCAGUGAAAGACGCAGCAUGCAUUUUUCAGGCUUUUAUUAUAGAAGUCUUAGUAAUUUGAA